UCCGUAUUGAGGUACAUCGAGAAGAUACGCGGAUCUCCAUUUGAUCUUCUCUGAAAGGGGACUGAUUAUAGACUCCGGUAGUGUCCGCGGGGACGCAGAUGGGAGCUUGUCUGAUAGAAGUCCCAUCAACUCCGUGCGACAAUAAUCUAACGUGUUCCCAGCGAUCGACUUCACGGCUGCCGUCACGUUCUCCACCGACGUCGCUCACCGACGUUACCAUCGACCACAAGGCCUCUUCUUCUCCCAUCCGAUUCGGCCACAAAAAUCCGAUCAAGCUGGAAUUGAUGGAGUUGGAGAACAUUGUUGCGAACACCGUGUACCUGAAAGCGAGAGAAGGUGGUGGUGACAGCAAUAAAGGAAAGAGUAAGAAAUGGCGGAAGAUACUUCAGUUCCCACACAUUUCCCAGUGCAUCGGCCUAAAAGAUAAAUUGGACAUCAGGUACAGUUAUGUGGUGGACCAGCAGCCAAUUGGGCGGCUGCUCUUUCGACAAUUCUGCCAGGAUAAAAAACCAGCCUAUCACCGCUACAAUCUCUUUCUGGACGCGAUCGAGAAGUACGAGAUUGAGCUGGACGAGAAUCGCAUCGAUCUGGCGAAAGAACUGUUCGAGCAGUACCUGAAGCGGGAGGGUUCGGAGGUAGUCGACAUUCUGAACGAUUCCUUGAUCUCUCAGUGCGAGGAACGACUCAGCACCGGCGGCAAGGAGCUCUUCACCGAGGUCGCGCAGACCGUGAAAAACUUCCUGGCUGGCGAGCCAUUCUCGGCCUUCCUCAGCAGUUUCUACUUCUACAGGUAUCUCCAGUGGAAAUGGCUGGAGGCGCAACCAGUGACAUACAAGACCUUCCGGAUGUAUCGGGUAUUGGGCAAGGGUGGUUUCGGUGAGGUCUGCGCUUGCCAGGUACGCGCCACCGGUAAGAUGUACGCGUGCAAAAAAUUGGAGAAGAAGCGCAUCAAGAAGAGGAAAGGCGAGUCGAUGGUACUAAUCGAGAAGAACAUCCUGCAGAAGAUCAAUUCCAAGUUUGUUGUCUCGCUCGCAUAUGCGUACGAGACGAAGGACGCUCUCUGCCUCGUGUUAACUAUCAUGAAUGGCGGGGAUCUCAAGUUCCAUAUUUAUAAUAUGGGCGGUGAGCCAGGUUUUGACAUAAAUCGUGCCCGAUUCUAUGCAGCCGAGGUCGUGUGCGGUCUGGAGCAUCUUCAUCUUCAAGGUAUCGUCUAUAGGGACUGCAAGCCGGAGAACAUACUGUUGGACGAUCAUGGUCAUGUGAGAAUAUCCGAUCUCGGUCUCGCGGUGGAAAUUACGGAAGGCGACAUGGUGCGCGGUAGGGUUGGCACGGUGGGUUAUAUGGCGCCUGAAGUGAUCGACAAUGAGAAGUACACAUUUUCGCCAGAUUGGUUCAGCUUUGGCUGCUUAUUAUACGAGAUGAUCGAGGGCCAAGCACCGUUCCGUGCUCGCAAGGAGAAGACGAAACGCGAGGAAAUCGACAGACGUGUCAAGGAGGAUCAAGAGAGGUAUUCGCCCAAGUUCAGCGAGGAUGCCAAAAGUCUAUGCCAACAACUGUUAAAAAAGAGCCCGAAGAACAGGCUGGGUUGCAAGUGUGGUCGACACGGGGCGAAAGAGGUGAAACUCCAUAGCUUCUUUCAGUGCCUGAAUUGGAAGAGGGUCGAGGCUGGUAUGUGGGAACCGCCGUUUGUGCCAGAUCCUCGUGCGGUUUACGCUAAAGAUGUUUUGGACAUCGAGCAGUUCUCCACGGUGAAAGGUGUUAAUUUGGACGCCACGGAUGAUACCUUCUACAGCAAGUUCAAUACCGGCAGCGUGUCCAUUCCAUGGCAAAAUGAGAUGAUAGAGACUGAGUGUUUUAAGGAACUGAAUGUAUUAGGUCCUAACAACACGCCCACUCCAGACUUAUUGAUAAACCAUACACCGCCCAACAAUGACGAUAGAGGAUGUUUUCCUUUUCGGAGAAAGAGAAAACAGAACGAUCGCACAAGGGAGAUCCCGUUGUCGGAGUGCCACUUGCUGGAAUUGUCGCAGACGCAGAGCUCGGAAAUGCCAGCCAGCUGAUCUAUGGUGAACAAGAAUAACAGUCUGAAUCGAUUAAUGUCGUCAUCAUUUCGACGUUGCCGCCAUCCUGAUGUUACUGACGGCGCGCGUUCGAGUGCCACUGGUGGCUACUGCGUUAAGAACAAGCCGAUCUCAUUCUCUCUCUCGGUAGCAUCCGAAGCCACGGCAACUGUCCCUGAAAAUGGCUGCAUAGUUCGCAUAAUAAGAAGUCGCAAUGACUGCGGGUCCGAAGCAUCCUCUCAGGUUUAUUGGGGUGAGAUCAAAGAUCUACUCCAGGAUAAAACAUGUAUCCGCGCAAUUUUACGCGCGCGCUUACAGCUACGCAUAUGCGGCAAACAAACGCGACACACGGAAGCCAGGCGCAUUGUAUGUUUCUGUCAAAUUCGAAUGACACGUUCGUUACCAAAUAUAUUUUCCUCGAGCUCGAACGCGGGAAUGCUCGACGUGCACUUUUGCACGUCCAUCAACGUAUAUCGACGUGUUUUAUCGAGUUUCGAUGUGUCCAGAUUCACGAGUCGGGCGAGAGAAAAUUUAGGGUGAUAUGUAGAUAAUGAUUGUGUCACUCACAGCGCGAUUACAUAGCAUAUGUAAUAUUCUGAA